CACCUACCCGCCGCAAUGGUGGUCCCUGUAGCUGCGGCUCUGCGGCGCUUCACGCCGGUGACGCCGGGCGCCGCUCCGUUGAUGUCUCCGGUCCGGCCCCUGUGCCGCCGCCUCCCGCCGCCCUGGAGCCGCCGGGCAAGGAGCGAUGCCGCUGCCGCCGCCGCACGCUACGACGUGGUGGUGAUUGGUGGUGGCCACGCCGGGACCGAGGCGGCGGCUGCGGCGGCUCGCGGCGGGGCCCGGACGCUGCCGCAUAAGAUUGACACGAUCGGGCAGAUGUCCUGCAACCCCUCCUUCGGGGGCAUCGGGAAGGGGCACCUCAUGAGGGAAGUGGAUGCCCUGGACGGGUUGUGCGCCCGCCUCUGCGACCACUCGGGGGUGCACUACAAGGUGCUGAACCGGCGCAAGGGCCCGGCCGUGUGGGGGCUGCGUGCGCAGGUGGAUCGGAAGCUGUACAAGGAGAACAUGCAGAAAGAAAUCCUUAAUACCCCAUUCCUGACUGUUCGUGAGGGGUCUGUGGAAGAUCUUCUCUUGAAGGAACCAGAGUCAGAACAUCCAGGGAAAUGCCAAGUCAGUGGGGUCCUUCUUGGUGAUGGCAGCAAAGUACAUGCUGGCAGUGUCAUACUGACCACUGGUACCUUUCUGCGGGGGAUGGUCCUCAUUGGAUUGGAGAGGCAUCCAGCUGGGCGAUUAGGGGAUCCGUCAUCCACUGGACUGGCUCAGACUCUGGAGAAACUGGGGUUUGCUGUAGGGAGGCUGAAGACUGGGACCCCACCCCGACUUGCCAAAGAUACCAUUGAUUUCAGCAUUCUGGAGAAGCAAUGGGCUGACAGCCAUCCUGUCCCAUUCAGCUUCCUCAGCGAGACUGUUUGGAUCAAGCCAGAGGAUCAGCUCUUAUGUUACCUGACUUACACUAACCCCAAAGUGGACAAAAUUAUCCGUGAUAAUCUUUACCUGAACAACCAUGUAAAGGAGACAACAAAAGGACCCCGGUACUGUCCCUCACUUGAAUCUAAAGUUCUGCGCUUUCCAAACCGUAUUCAUCAUCUGUGGCUAGAGCCUGAGGGUCUGGAUUCCAAUAUCAUCUACCCCCAAGGAAUGUCAAUGACACUGCCACCUGAGCUCCAGGAGCAGGUGAUUACAUGCAUCCAGGGCUUGGAGAAAGCCAAGAUGGUACAGCCAGGCUAUGGAGUUCAGUAUGACUUUCUAGAUCCUCGUCAGCUCACUGCUUCCCUUGAGUCUCGUCUGGUUCAGCGGCUCUUCUUUGCAGGACAAAUAAAUGGCACCACAGGCUAUGAAGAAGCAGCAGCCCAGGGAGUGAUUGCUGGAAUCAAUGCUUGCCUGCGAGUCUGUGGUAAACCUCCUUUCACUAUCAGCCGCACUGAAGGCUACAUUGGAGUCCUGAUCGAUGACUUCACCACGCUGGGCACCAGUGAGCCAUACCGCAUGUUCACCAGCCGAGUGGAGUUCCGCACAUUCCUGAGACCCGACAAUGCAGACAGCAGACUCACCUCCCGAGGCUUUGAGGAAACUGGCUGUGUCUCCCGGCAACGAUAUGAACGAGCAUCUCAGAUAAAGGCUGCCAUAGAGGAGGGAGUUACAGUGCUAAAGUCUCUUCAACUCCCUCCCUCCAAAUGGUCCAGCUUGAUUCCGGAGAUUGUAAUCAGCAGCAGUCGUACCUCACCUGUCAGGGCCUUGGACAUCCUUCAGUAUCCAGAAGUCAACAUGGAAUUAUUGGCAAGGAUUUUCCCAGAACCCCUUGGAAAGCUUGCUGAAUGGAGAGAAUUGGCAGAAAGACUUAAAAUAGAAGUUGUUUACAACUUGUGUACAUCCAAUCAGCAGCAGGAAAUGGAGGAAGUGCGCCGAGAUGAAGCUCUCCGAUUGCCAGAGGACCUGGAUUAUUUCACCAUUAAUGCAUCACUGUCCCAGGAGAUGCGAGAGAAACUGCACUCAAACCGUCCCCAGACGAUUGGAGCAGUCAGCCGCAUUCCUGGAAUUACACCCGCUGCCAUCCUUAAUCUGCUGAGAUUUGUGAAGACUAAUCAGCAAAGGACAGCAGACAUAAAGCUGCCAUUUAGGACUGGCAGAUCCUUACCAGAGAGAAAUACUGAUAUGCUUGCAAAGAGUGAAUUCCAGAGCUCAAAUCUGAGCAGGGCUUUCUGAGGAGGUGAUGGAAAAUGGCUGUAUUGCAGUGGACAUGUGUGGAGUCUUCAGACCGUACAAGGACAGGGGUUUUUGCAUCUGUAACUAGCCACCUCUGACUGUGUUCUAGUAGGUAUAAAGCCAACAGACCUGUAUGCCUUUUGCAUAGUGAUCAGGAGCUCAAAUAGUUUUCUUUCCAAACUUAGCUAAAAAAACGUAGCUGUGUACUAAGAUUCCAGGUAUGUGGGAGACUGCAUCAGUCUAUUUGAGAACCUGAAAAGUCUUGAGGGAAGGAAAAAGGCAUGAAUAGGGAUUGUCUCUCCACAAUAGAGAGAAGUGCAAGAUGAGUGCUAGAAUGCCAAGAGCCCAGUAACUGUUGAUAACCAACUCGACAGUGCCCAGUGUUGCUGUUGAUUUCAUGUUGUAUUACCCAAGGGUGUUUGUUUCCAGCUAGCCAUGGAAAUACUUGUGCUGUAAUAAUUUCUUAGAAAGUCUUUUCAUGGAAAGAUGGUAAGGGGGACAGAAAACCCAUUGGGCCCCUAGGCAAAUGUGUAACUUUUUAAAAGGCAACUGCAUUAGAAGGGCUGUUUCCAAUAUGAUCGUGAAAAAGAGUUAACUUUCAGGU